AAGUUGGGUACGAACCCAAAACCCUGAUCCCAUAAAACCGAAACCCUAAUACAGUAACACUCAAAAUCGACAGCCAUGGCGACAGAGAUGGAUAUCGACGAUCUCCCAAAACCCAAGGAGCUCUUCAAAUCCGCAGAGAAAGGAGACGCCUCUCUUUUCAAAUCCCUCACCGGCGACCAACUCAAUAAUGUUCGAUCCUUGCGCAACGACGACGGCCGAUCUCUCCUUCAUGUCGCCGCCGCCUCCGGCCAAUCCGAGGUGGUCAGGAUUAUAUCGGAUGUGGAUCCUUCAGUGAGUGGAAUCAACAGUAAAGAUGAGGAAGGAUGGGCUCCGAUUCACUCUGCUGCUAGCUGUGGGCAUGAGGAAAUUGUUGAGAUUUUGAUCGAGAAAGGUGCAGACAUUAAUUUAACUAACGACGGUGGUCGAACUGCACUUCAUUAUGCUGCUAGCAAAGGUCGUGUGAAAAUAGCUGAAACUUUGAUAUCGCAUGGUGCAAAGAUUAAUAAAAAAGAUAAGGUCGGGUGCACCCCAUUGCAUCGAGCAGCAAGUACAGGAAAUGCGGAAUUGUGUGAGCUUUUAAUUGAGGAAGGAGCAGAGAUUGAUGCUACUGAUAGGGCAGGCCAAACUCCUCUCAUGAGUGCAGUGAUAUGUGAUAACAGAGAGGUUGCUCUUCUUUUAAUUAGACACGGGGCCAGUGUUGAUGUUCAAGACAAGGAGGGAUACACUGUGUUAGGCCGAGCCUCAGAUGACUUGCGACCUAUUCUGAUUGAUGUUGCCAAAGCAGUGCUUGAAGCCUAAAGGUACUCUGCUGAUGAUAAUACUGGAAAAGAUGAUAAGGGCAGGGUUAACAUAAGUUUGUUGAAGGAGUGUUGAAGAAGUUGUAAACAUGUUAACUGAGUAUCAACCCUCUCAUGGUGCUGACCAGCAUAUUACUCUUUUUUUUUGUUUUUUGCCCCCCUUUGCUGAUAUGUUGACGGUUCUUUUUUUAUUAGUACUAGUAUUUUCGGUGCCCAGGAUGCGAGCGUGACACAAAAAAUUGAAGGCAUUUUUGUUUGAUUUUUACGA